CCACUUACCGUUUCUGCAUAGAAAGUUAGACGUAGUGACAGGUUAAAUAAGACUCAAAAAGGAGAUUAACAAAAAAUAAUCAUAGCCAAAGAAGAAGAAGAAGAAGAAGAAUGAUGCCCAAAUGCUCUGUUCCAUCCAAAGAGGUUCAGCUCUUUCAGAGUUUGAAUGGACUUCAACAACUCGCCGAAACCCGUCAUUUCAAGGCAUGGUUUUUAGAUCAAUUUGGAGUCCUUCAUGAUGGCAAACAACCUUAUCCGGGAGCAAUUUUGACAUUAGAAAAGCUAGCAAGGACCGGUAGCAAGAUGGUGAUAAUAAGUAAUUCCUCAAGACGUGCGUCAACCACCAUUGACAAGAUGAAGAGCCUUGGAUUUGAUACCUCUCUUUUUGUAGGAGCCAUUACUAGUGGAGAAUUGACACAUCAAUACUUGCAAAGGAAAGAUGAUGCUUGGUUUGCAGCACUUGGAAGAUCUUGCAUCCAUAUGACUUGGAGUGACCGGGGUGCUAUAUCACUCGAGGGUCUAGGCUUACAAGUUGUAGAGAAUGUUGAGGAAGCUGAGUUUAUUUUGGCCCAUGGAACUGAAGCCUUGGGGCAUCCUUCUGGUGCUGCAGUUCCCACGAAACUUGAGGACCUUGAGAAAGUAUUAGAGCACUGUGCUACCAAAAGAAUUCCAAUGGUGGUAGCAAAUCCUGAUUACGUGACUGUUGAGGCAAGGGCUUUGCGUGUAAUGCCUGGUGCUCUGGCAGCCAAAUAUGAGAAGCUUGGGGGUGAAGUGAAAUGGAUGGGCAAGCCUGAUAAGAUAAUCUACAAAGCAGCUAUGGAAAUGGCUGGUGUGGAUUCCUCUGAUUCUAUUGCUGUCGGUGAUUCUCUCCACCAUGACAUCAAGGGUGCAAAUGAAGCUGGAAUCCAAUCAGUUUUUACUACUGGUGGAAUCCAUGCAACAGAACUUGGAGUUGGUAAAUUUGGAGAAGCUGCAGAUUUAUCUUCUGUGCAAGUUCUUGCAUCUAAAUAUGAUGCUUAUCCCUCAUAUGUGUUACCUGCGUUUACAUGGUAAAAUUUCGUUUAGGUUUCUAAAGAAAAAUAAAAGUAAAAUCCAUUAGUUUUGAGCUUAAAAGAUAAUUUCAGCAUUCUGCAAGGCAUGCGCUCGAGCGCACACUAGAAGGGCUCGAGUGCACAUCCACACGAUCGAGCGUAGGAAUCCAACUAGAGGUCAGUAGCCAACAUGGUGCGCUCGAGCACACCAAAGUGGGAUCGAGUGCAUUCAAGGACGCUAGAACAGAUAGUGUGGCAAACACCAAAAAAUGAAAGAGAUUUAGGUUUCCCACUUUGAAUGGAUGGUUUGGAUUUCACAAAAUUGAGUAGGAUUUACCUUGUACUCUAUAAAUGCAUCUGAUACUCGUUCAAAAGAUGGAUGUCGCAUUACAUAAUAGAAAUCAAAAGGAUAUUGACGGUAAGUUUUGGAGGACAGGGCAAAACGUUGGUAGCAGCUUCUUGUGAUGGAUUUCUCUUCAACGAAGGCGAUUUACAGCACCUCUAUGAGUGACUAAUUUAUUCAUAGGGUAUUGAUGUUACCUUUUUUGAUUAUGAUGGUGUAUUGUGUUUUUACUUUAGAAAUUUUAUGAACAUGAGUUAAUCAGUGAUGGUUGUUUAACC